UGUUUAUUAACUUGCCUCAUUCUCCAUCCAUUGUGAGCUGUGUUGAAAGGGAUUGCGCGUUGAUUUCGGUAUUGUUUGCGUCUACAACUCUACAGUAAAGCGAUCGUAAACGAUGGCCUUAGGCUAUGAAUGUUUCUGGCAUGAUUUCGUGUCAGGCAGGAGAAAGAAUUUCGAGUUAGGGGAAAGGUACGAGAAGGACCCUGAGCACAUGAAAUGGCAGAAAUGGGUGCCAGCGCGAAGGCCAAUCAAACCCAAGUGCUCGAGAGUAUUUUCGACAGCCAAGACUGGCGAGGACGUUUAUAUAGCCAGGCUGAAGCACGAGGGCCAACUGCUGCCCGGCUACAUGAGGAACGGCUGGGCCUACUUUGCCCACGAAGGAAAGGUCAUCAAGACAAAAGACGAGCACCAAGUUCUCUUUGGAGGGCACGUCAAGUGGUGCAGACCCGAUCGCGUGGACGAGAGAGACGUCGUCGUCGUUGGACACGACGAAGACAAAAAUCCACUCUUCUUGGGCACCUUCAUGGUGAACGGAACAAGUCUCUAUGGCGAGGUGCGGAAAGGGGUGUGCAACAUUGUCGUUGUUUCAGAGCGAGAGGUAAUUGUUUCCGAGCCCCAGCGCUACGCCAUUCUCGGUUGGACACAUAUAUACAAACUUGAUAGGGAAUGAGCAGAAACUAUCGACGCAAUUUGUCUUUGAAAUUCACUAUUGGUUGUUAUGUUGGUAGAUAAAUAAAACAACUGGUUGAGAGUUAAAAUAAAUUAAUCUGAAA